GAUGGCUGCAACUCAUCUUCACCACCCCCUCAUCACAAAAUGACCCAAUCAUGGCUGUCGACGGAUUUAAUCGAGCUGCAGCUCGGUCAGAUCGAUCUUUUGCUAGCCAUGUACCCGGAGAGCACGACGAUUGACGCCGACAACCAUCGCCGAGCUGAGGCUCUGCGAUCAAUCGUCGACGGGAGCUUGGCUAGUGACCCCCCCGCUUCCCUGUCGCUAGUCCUGAGCCUGGACCUCGACCGGACGGUGCGCGACUGUGGCUCGAAGCUCGACCUGGAAAUUUCCUUUUCCUUUGCGCAACCAGACGGCCCGGUCGAGCCUCCACCACCCCGCGGCCGCGUCCUGCAGCCGACCUGGCUCAGCAAAGCCGACACGUCCAGCCUGAACGCAAGCCUCCCUCCGGAGCUGCUGGCGGAUCUCGACAAGGAGGCGCUGGAGGCGCACGUGACCCAGACCCUGGCGGCGCUGCUGGCCCCCAAACCCUCCGCCGAGAGCCAAGAUCAGCCCAGAGACCUCGUCCGCGUCUGGUUUUACUUUCCUUCAAUCAGCACCCGGUCCAAGCGCGACGAUCUGGUGGAGCACGCGCCCCGCCACGGGCUGACGGGAUUCUUGAUCUCCGGCAAGCCGGGGAUGCUCUGCGUCGAGGGGUGCGCGGACGACAUUGACGCCUACAUGCGAUUCGUCCGCACCGAAUCGUGGCGCGACAUUCCUGCCGCCCACAAAAAGGUCAGCGAGCGGUUGAGGGAGGCCGGGGUGCAGAGGGUGUUUGACGACAUGCGCGAGGUAGAUUGUGGCGACAUGGGUGGGGAGAGGAGGGGCGAGCGCGCCAAUCGGCUGGAUAUGAAGGCUUUGGAAACAUGGCUGGUAGGCAAAGGGGUGGGGGAUGCUUUUGCAAAGGUGUUUAUGUGAAAGUGGUCAAAGACAUGAAUUCGUUGCUAGCAUAAUUAAGUACAGCUCAGCCAUUCAGCUAUUAUAUGAGCAAAUUUCCAAGACAAUAUGAAAUCUAUAAUUCUAGAACUAGAUACAGCCCAAUUUGGUCCAACA